ACCGAAUACCCUCUUGGCCCCGACGACUAUUAGGAGUACGACUUGGAGCACCAAUACCUUAUUAAAGCGCGCGCAAGCUCUCACUCUCAUCUCUAAACCCAUAGGCCAGAGCCCUAACCCAGCAGACGAAACUCUUCCUUCCUCUCUAAUAGCAUCGUAAUUAAUACGGUGAUUCGUGAUUCGGGGUAUCCAUGGAAGGAGGGGCAAGAGAAAGCUCGGUGGUACCAGACUCGGUCUUGGACUCUGUGAACCGUACCUUGGCCAACGUAGGAGAAGUCGAGGCCCACUUGCUCCAGUUCUUGUCUCUCUCCGACCCGGAUGUCCUCUCCCAGAUGCAGCCUCUACAACGUGCUCAGUCUCUGCUCUUACUCGCUAGGACCACCUCAACCCUCUUCACAUUGAGGUUGAGGUGCUCUGGGGUUCACCCAGAUGACCAUCCAGUCAAAUCAGAGCUUGAAAGAUUAAGCUUGUAUCAGGACAAACUAGAGAGGUUCAUAGACUUGAGUAAAGCACCACUUCGACCUUCUACUACCUUGAAUUAUCAGGCCGCAACACGUUUUAUUGAGCAUUCUUUGCCUGACCUGACCCCAGACCAGAAGCAAAGUAUGAGAAAUAUUAGUAGAGGAGAGGGGCCAAAGAUGAAGUAUCUAGAGAGGAGCGUCCAAAAGAAGCGGAAGUAUCAAUCAUCUGAAAAACAAUCGGUUCAAACAGCUGCCAAGGAAUUUCUUGAGAAGGCAGCCCGUGAACUUCUUGGUGAUAAUAAAGGUGGUUUUAGGGGACCUCUACAAGCUGAAGCUUCGGAAGAAGAAGAUGCCCCUAUGGGCUGAGUUUCCUGAUUUAUCCAGGAUUGCGGGACCAGAUUGCUCAUAUCUGUAAUUGUCUUCAAGCGAGUGCAUAUUUCAAUUUUUAGUUGCCUGUCAUCUUCUUUAAUUAUUAUUCUUCUUUCUAAAUGUUCAAUUUCCCGAUCUCUCCGUCUACCUACCCCCUGUGCCGAUAGUUCAUUUGGAGACACAAACUUGGAAGUUCACAAUAUUUGAGUUUUGGUUGUGCUGUUUGACGUUGUCAAUAAUACCGAAUUUUAAAUUAGAUCCAGUAGAAAGAAAAGGUAUUCGUCGUA